AUGUUCCCUUCUUGGUUUAAAUAUGCUUCGAGCUCUCAACGACAGAAACCAAGACGCCGACAUCGUUAUCCACGCCCAGCGCCCUCAAGAAAUUAUAACUACGGUACUCCUUACGGCUAUGGAUAUUCACCACAUGUGCCUGGAUAUCCUUAUAAUAACUUUCAUGAUAUUGGUGCUGUUGGUGUAGCACCUCCACUCAUCACAAGUCAUCAUCAUCACCAUCAUGGUGGAGGUAGUAGCUGUGGUGGAGGCAGUGGCGCAAGCUGUGGUGGGGCCAGUGGAGCCAGCUGUGGUGGUGUCGGCGGAGCGAGCUGCGGUGGAGGUGGUGGAUCAAGUUGUGGUGGAAGUGGUGGAUCAAGUUGUGGUGGAGGUGGCGGAGCUAGUUGUGGUGGAGGUGGCGGUGGUGGAGCAGGUUGUGGUGGAGGUGGAGGUGGAGGUGGUGGCUGUGGUGGAGGUGGAGGUAGUUGA